GCGACGGAGUCACAAAGCAAGCGACGAUGGAGAGCGUCCAGUCGGGAGUGGUCAAAUGUGGCGGCUAUCGGUACGACGAUGGGACGCGAUACAUUGGCGACUGGAACCAGCGGGGCCAGAAGCACGGCAUGGGCUCGAUGAUGUUCUCCGACGGCACCCGGUACGAUGGGGCGUUCAGCAACGGUGUCUGUUCCGGGCUGGGUGUGAUGUGUUUUCCGGAUGGAGCAAAAUACGAGGGGGAGUUCAUGCAAGGAUGGUUCCACGGACACGGUGUGUUCUGGCGGGCGGACGGCAUGAAGUACGAGGGUGAGUUCCGCGGCGGGCGCAUCUGGGGCCUGGGGUUGAUCACGUUCAGCGAUCAAAGCCACGGGUUCCCGCGCAACGAGGGCUUCUUCCAGGACUGCCGGCUGGUGCGGAAGAAGCGCUGCCCGGACGUCAUCAAUCGGGCACAGAAGGUGGCACUGAUGGCGCGGGCCCAGUGUGAUCAGGGCCUCUAGUGGCACGAUCUCGGUUUGGCGCUUGGCAAUGGUUGAUUAUGUUUUGUGCAAUUUGUUCUGUUACUUUGAACAGUGGUUGGUUUUUUAGUAGUUUGUUAAGUUUAUCAAUA